AUGGCAGGAAUAUGUCCAACAGUUGGCCGAAAUCUGGGAGACCCAGGUUGCGGAACAGGACCGUGUACUGGGAGAAAUGGACAGCAAAGAGGAGGCGUGGCGCGUGCAACUGCAAGAGGCUACGGACGAAAUAGAGAGGUUGGCCAAGGAUGGUAUCACGCCCACAGAAGGUAUGGCAAGUAUGGACACGGACGACGAGAAGGACGACCUCAAGUUGGACGAGGAGGGCAAGGAAACAGCUACUCGUGCAGCUCUCACGGCUCAACGAGAGCGCAUCACUCAACUCAUGUCCCAAGCCAAGAAGAGUGCAUCAGAACAAGUGGAACAGGGCCAAAGGGAGAGAACUCCGAGAAGAGUCAGACAGGAGGUUGUAGAAGUGGAUACGCCAGAGCCAAAGCCUACAGCGGGUGCCAAGUCGCACCCUCGAUAGGCCUGGGGAGGAGCCGGACGGGAUCCCUCAGGCAGAAGAAGCUCCGCUUCCUUCUCCAAGGACGCGUUGAGCGGCCAUGCAGCCGACUGCUGUGCCCAAGUGGCACAGCCAAUCCAAGACCGCCUCGCAGGCAUUCCAUUCUUCGAGCGCCGGACUUUGUGGGGCCGCAGUUGGCGCAAGUCAUUGCGUUAUGGCAGGCUUUUGCAGUUAGAGUGUCCGAGCUCCAGGUACAUGUUGUCACCGUCGACCCUAGGAUCGAGGCGGUGCAUGGAGAAUCGCGUGAAGAUCGAGAGACCUCCGACCCAAGCCCAUGUGCUGGGGUUGUUGAGCCAUCUCGGUUGAAUGAUGGGUGUGUGUGCCCUGAUCCUCACGCCAAGCAGAGAGUGACCAUAGGUCCUUAUGUAGAUCACCCGUGCAAAAGCCAGGGUGCUUUUUUCCAAUCUCACGAUGAAGGUCACCACAGCGGACCUAGCCCUAGUGCGACUUGCAAGGAGCUUCGGACCUUGCCCCAAUCUCCCCGGUUUGGCGAUUGUUUGCCCGAGAUGGCUGGUGAACGCAACGCCGAUGUGGGUGACCUGUCGCAGCAUACUGCGUGCUGGGUCGAGAACCGACGCAGUGAAACGAAUGGAGUUCGCGCGCAUGCAGCCCGGUUGAAGAUUGAGCUCGAACAGGCGCAGUGUAGAUCAGCGUCACCUGUUGAUGUUCAAUUCUCCUCAGGUGUUGUUGAGUGUGAUGUCAAGGCCGGUGUGCCGAGCAUACCCCAGUGUCAGAUGAAAGAGUGUGCCAACUCUUCCUUCUGGGUGUGGGUUCCAGGCUUACCUUCUUUUGGCUUUCAAGCGCCAAGGGAAGCGCAGCCUAGCGAAUUGAGUGGGUAUGCCACCAGAGCUGCGCGAAGAUAUGUUGAUGCUGAUGUGUUGGUACCGGUCCACCCGCCCUUCGAAAGCACUGGUCUACUGCAUUGUGUUGACACUGCUCGUUGUCCAUCCGCGCAUGUGUGUGUGAUUGUUGCAUUCGACGACAACAGGCAACCAGUUCCUGUAUGUGUUCCAGUCAAUGCCACUUCUUUCGAUGUGUGUAAAGCUGCAGUGUGCAAUGGGCGGCUGUUUUACCUUGAUGUUCCAUGGGAUUGUGGGUACCUAGCGCUCGCGCAUGGCAUGACUCUGGUGUGUCGACGCACUGCUGUGUCCCAUGGUAAGCCAUGUUGCCAACAUCUUGCUCUCAUCCCUUAUGUUCGUGAUACUUGGGAGUCCCAGCAGAUUGAGCCAUGCGCCCUGCUGAGGCAUCAAAUUUGCCGCAUGACCAGUGCUGUGUGGAGCCUUUCGUGUGAUUUCAGUAGGCUCUCCCUUCCAAGCGCUGUCGUUGCUGGUCUGCACAGCACUGCUCGCGCAGAUGUGUUUCCACAUGCGUUAGUUCGGGAUAUCAGCGUUUACGUUGACGGUUCCGCUAUGGCAGGAGACGUGUGCCCCAGUGCCGGCGCAUCUUUCAACGUUUGGAAGCACGCUAUUGAUGGGUCCACUCAGUUUGUCGGCUACCACUCUUCUCGGGUCAGAGUUGAGGAAGGCGAGCUUGAUGCAGCUUGCGUGGCUGAAUGCCAGGCACUUGCCCAUGCCAUCAUGUGGGUCAUGGCAUGCCCUUUGAAAGUGAAAUUCCGCGUGCAUUAUGAUUCCAUGCGUGCUGGCAAGUCGGCUAGCGGUGAGUGGCAGCCCUCCUCAGGCUCGCGAGCAGCGUCUGAAUGGUGUAUGCGAGUUAGACACCUGGUGUUGUUGGCUGAAAGAAUCCGUUUGAUUGAGUUUUGCCACACCAAGGCUCACAUGGGGUGUUGCGGUAACGAGCUUGCUGAUGUCUGCGCCAAAGCUGCCGCGAUUGGUUCCUGCCACACUCCCACGCCGGAUGAGUGCCUGGAUUGCUUGUGUGGCGAGAAUUUACCCUGGGCAUGGGCAUUGGCCCCCCGCAGUGAAGAAGGCCUCCCCCCGGCUGAAAUGAUGAUAUCCAGAAUCGUAUCGAAGCCAAAGCAGACGGCAGAGGCUGACCUCCGGCUUGGUGUAACCGAAGUCGGUUUAGAUACGCAGCGUAACGGCGUCCUGCAGCAUGAGGGUGUUUUGACACUGGCUUCAUAUAACGUGCAGACUGCUCUUGACGCUGACUGCUUUGAUCCUGAUGAGCGACUCUACGGAGGAGCCAAGAUUAACCUCAUGCAAGAGGUUUUUGCAGCGCAGGGGUGGACGAUCGUUGGGUUGCAAGAGACACGGUUGGGCGGAGCCGGCAUCAGAACAAACCAAAGAUACAUGUCCAUCCAGUCUGGUUCAGUCCAAGGCAAUUUGGGAGUUGCUCUGUGGAUCUCUAGGCAAUGGCCUGACCCCUUUCCCAGAGAACCCUUUCAAGCUCGUCACUUGGCAGUACUGCAUGCCGAUCCGAGACGUUUGUUUGUGCGGUGCAUUUCUGACUGUAUCAAGCUUGACGUAUGUGUGUGUCAUGCGCCGCAUCGAGGCAGGGGCACAAGGGAAUGUGAAGAAUGGUGGGAUGCCACUGAUCACCUUCUCGCCAAGUUUGCGAGCCCGAGCAUUCCGAUGAUUUUCCUCUCUGAUGCCAACGCCCGUGGUGGUGCCCCGGGUUGUGAUCAAGUUGGCGGUGUGGGAGCAGAAGAGUGUGAUGUCAACGGUGUUGCGCUGCAAGAUCUCAUGUGUAAGCACUCCAUGUGGAUUCCUUCAACUUUUGAGCAAUGUCACGUUGGAGGAACACACACUUUCAUUGCUGUCCGUGACCAAAGCCACCACCGAAAUGAUUACAUAGCGAUUCCUGAUUGCUGGGGUUUCGGAUGUGUAGUUCAGUCUCGCGUUGAGUACUCGGUCGACAUCGGGCAGAAAUCGCCAGACCACUUUCCUGUUGUGCUUGAGUGUCGAGUGCCUUUCGGCCGUGCGGGCCGGCGCAAAUCGGCAACUCGGCAGCGGCAAUGGGACGUUGCGAACGUGCAAGUAUUUGAUUGUAUCAUGGAUGCGUGCCCCCAACCUCAAUGGGAGUGCAGCGUUGAUCUUCAUGCCGACAUCCUCACUCGGCAUCUGCAGCAUGUGCAACAGAAAGUCUUUGCUAGGCGCCGACAGAGACCCAUCAAACCUUACAUUUCCCCUCAAACGUGGGCGUUGAUCAAAGCUCGGGGCUCGUUAAAGGCGCAGCUUGUGCAACAUGACCAGCGUCACGCCAGGGUUAUGAUGUCAAGGGCCUUUAAAGCAUGGCAUGGUUCCUUGAAUGAGGCGCAGCGUCUGACCGGCUUGUUGGAGACUUCGCGUCGACAGCAUGCAGUGCGAGUGCGCGUGUAUUCACAAUCGUGCUACGAUGUACGGGCUGCGGUCAAGCUCGACAAGGCAAACUACCUUCAGGAAGUGGCGGCGAAGUGCCAUAUGGCAAUGACGCAACACCAGUCCCGUCAAGUUUACCAAGCCCUGAAGUUCUUUCGGCCGCCCUCCAAGAAUGUGCGGCGGAAGGGGGGACCCCUCCCUCAGGUUGCCCUAGAGGAUGGUAGUUUGGCAGUGACGCCGCAGCAGAUUUCCGAUCGCUGGUUAGAGCAUUUUGCCCAGGUCGAGGCUGCCGAAGUUGUCCCGAGGGAGUUGUUGCCGAUGGUGGCGCAUGACGGGCAUGAGCGGAGUGCUGUUGAGUGCAUAUGUUCGGUUGGCGGAUGUGUUCCGACGUUGGUACAGUGGGAGCAGGCUCUCAGAAAAACCAAGUUGCGCAAACAUCCCGGGCCCGAUGGCAUCAAGUCUGAGCUCUUGCGCGUGAAAGUACCAACAGUGGCGCGUGCCACAUACAGCCUCAUAUUGAAAACGUCCAUGUGUUGUGCAGAACCAUUGCGUUACAAGGGAGGACUGUUGGCCGCCCUAUACAAAGGGCGAGGCGCGCACGCAGACUGUUCAAACAGUCGUUCCAUUUUGCUCGCCAACACGAUCGGAAAGCAAUGGCACUCCUGUUUACGCAGUGAGCUCGUGCCUGUCGUCAAAGAGAGCAUGUUGCCUUCUCAAGCCGGAGCGGUGCCGGGUCGGGGGCUCGACACUGCUGCUCUGAGUGUCCGAGCCUUUGCAUGGUGGUCGCAAGAACAGGGGUUGUCAGCAGCUGCCUUGUUUGUUGACAUUCGGUCUGCGUUUUACAGUGUGUUCAGGCCCCUGUUGCUUGGUCACUCUUUUGAUGAUGACAAGUUGGCUUACGCCAUGCGCCAUCUCAAAAUCCCCGAGAUAUACGCAGAGUGGCUUCGGGACAUCGUGUCAGAGGGCGACGUGGCGACCAGGGUUGGGGUGCCAAGUUUCUUGCGCAUGCAGCUUCUUGAUACGCUCACCCAUUCGUGGUUCGUCACUCAAAACAGUCAGGAAAUGGGAUACUCCUGGGCAGGGACCCGGCCAGGGGACCCUUUACGAGAUGUGCUCUAUGUUAUGUUGUGCGCCCAUGUCUUGGAGGAGGUUCGCCAGCAUGCGCAUGAGCAAGGAUUGUGGACAAAAAUUGGAGAUGAUGUGUUUGAUUCGUGCCCUACGUGGGUCGAUGAUUCCACUUUCCUUAUUGCCGACUCCAAUGCUGAACUCAUGCUCCAGAAGACGAAGAAACUUUGCGGAUUGGUUCACACUUGUUUUGGGAAGCACGGUUUGGUGUUGAACACGUCUAGGGGCAAGACUGAGGUCCUCCCAAUUUUCCGCGGCGAGCGGGCGCAAGCGGUUCAAAUGCGUAUUGAAGAUGAGUGGGAUACAGGACUCGGCUAUUGUGCCCUGGACGGGACACACAGUGUCCAUUUCACCAACUGUUACAAACAUUUGGGGAGUCUUUUCGACCGUUCUUUGUCCGUGCUUCCCGAGAUUCGAGCACGCCUUGCUUCAGCCCGUGCUGAAGCUGUGGCUUUGCGCAAGCCGGUCCUUUCCGCCCAGCAGGUCCCGCUGUACGCUAGGGUUGAGCUUUUCCAUGGCCUCGUUGGGAACAAGUUGACAUUCCAAAUUGGGAUCUGGAAGGAACUCCGGAUCAGAGAGAGCAAGGCUUGGAGGCAUGGAACGGCAGCGUUGUACCGCAUGCUCCUACCAGACGGCCACAGACACGCAGCCUCUUCAUGGUCGUUGCAUGCCUUGUGUGGUUAUCUCGGUGUUCCGCAUCCCGACUCCUUGAUCAGCGUUGCGAGAUGCCAAGUUCUUGAUCAUGUGGCCCUCUCAGAGGAUGGAGGACUGCACCUGCUGUUAGGUCAGUUGCAUCAUGAACUCUCUUGGAUUGAGGCGGUUCGCCGGGAUCUCAGCUGGGCCGCCCAGCUCGGAUGUUUGGACCUUGGCCUCGCACGUGGCUCCCUCGUUGACUGGAUCCAUGCGAGUAAAACGGGCAUUUCGUUUGCACUGCAAAUCCGCAAGGCACUGCAUAAGCAUGUCCAUCUCAUGGGUCAGCGGAGUCAAGUUGCUCUCGGGUCACCUUCCGUUGAUACAGUUGAUGUUGGAGUUGAUGUUGCAGCUUGUGUUGACCGGCUGCGUUGCCCCGUGUGCGAUAAGCCCUUUGAAUCCAAGAGGCAACUUGCCACACAUGCGAAUCGCGUACAUGCCGUUACUUCGAGGAGCAGGUUCUUUGCUGGCCCAUCGAACAAUUGUUGUGCUUGCAGCUUGCAGUUUGCGACGCGUCGGAAGUUGCUUGCACACUUGGGUGUAUGGUCGCGAAGUUGUCUUACGUUCCUCCAGGCCCAUUUUCAUCCUCUGAGCAUUGAGGAUGUUAGAGAGCUUGAUGCCCGUGACGGCCAGCUCAUCAAGGAACAGAGGCGGAGAGGACGCCCAACUGACGCGGAGAGAAGGUUGUGUCGCUAUGCAUGCGUUCCUGCAGAUUUGUGCCCGGUCGGUGAUGAACCUCCCAGGCCAAUACCGGUGUUGUGCUCAGAGGACCUACCUGGCGAGAAACAGCAUCACGGUAACAAUCGCAAGGCCUUCGAACCGCGACCCUCCAUCCCUACGUGGUGA